CUCAAAGGGCGCCGGCGCGGGACUGGUCCUCCUCGCCCCCGACGGCUGCUCGUUCGAGCGCUCCCUCCGCUUCGGGUUCAAGGCCACCAACAACGAGGCGGAAUACGAAGCGCUCCUAGCAGGACUCAGGCUGGCCCUCGAGAUGCAGGUGACCGCUGUACACGUCCUCACUGACUCACAGCUGGUGGCCGAACAGCUCAGCGGCGCGUAUGAGGCUCGGGACCCAACCAUGGCGAAAUACCUGGCGCAGGUAAGGGACCUGACUGCUAAGUUCCCUUAUUUCACAUUAUCCAAUGUCCCGAGGGAGGAGAACGAGUGGGCCGACGCAUUAGCCAAGCUGGCAUCGAAACCGGCCUGCAAAACACGCCCAGAGAUCGAGGAACUUCCUGCCCACGCCAUCGAAGUAGCAAUUACGGCCCCCGGCAACGCCCCGAUCACGUGGGUACAGGAGCUGCUGCGUUUCAAGCGGGACGGGACCCUUCCUCGCGAUGAGGUAGCGGCUCGGCGACUGCGCCGUACACACGCGUGGUACGCCGAAGAAGGUGGCCGACUCUAUAGGCGGACCUUCACCUAUCCCCUUUUACGAUGCCUAGAGCCGGAUGAGGCCCAGACGGUCCUGGCCGAAGUCCACGAGGGGGUCUGCGGAGAGCACAGCGGAGGGUGA